AGAAACUCCUGGCUGAGGGGAUCGUGGCUUCCCUUAACGGAGUCCUUAAACCCCUGUAGAGCCCGUAAAUGCGGGGCUUCCCGCCUACUACCCGCCGUAGUUCCCUCUAAAACAAUUCUUUGUGUCCUCUAACUAAGAAUUCCAUCGACGUCACGACUUAAGAAGCAUUUCUGACUCUAAGCAUUACGCGCGAUGUAGGAGUAUAUAACACGUAGCUCCGUCUCAAUUAUAACGUGACAAACUCAUUCAUUUAACAUUAAUUGAACUCAGACUUAUUCACCAUGACAUCAGGUCUGCUGCAGAAGCUCCUCCACCUAACCAACUUCCGUAGUCCCUUCCUACGAACGGCAGUCCCGGGCGUCGCAGCUGCGUUUGCGCUACAGACGGCUGUGGCAGUUCCUUCCAUCCUCGCCCAGUCCGAGCGCUUCUACGAUGCUUCCGGCUCCGUGACUUUCUUGUCCGUCACUUUACUAAGCUUGUACCUUCCCAGCCUGCGCACCCGCGCCGCCGCUUCCUUAGCCGGCCUACCAAAACCACCACUACCCAGUCUUGUAAACGCAUUCACGGGGGCCGCUGGGGGCUUCCACUGGCGUCAGGUGGUACUAAGCGCGGCCGUCGUCUUCUGGUCUGUUCGAUUGGGCUCAUACCUCUUCCGCCGCAUCCUACACGAGGGCUCCGACUCGCGCUUCGACGAAAUCCGCGCCUCGCCCGCCAAAUUCGCCGGCGCCUUCGUCGGCCAGGCGACCUGGGUGUCUUUGUGCUUAGCGCCCGUAAUCGCCAUCAACGCGGCGCCCCCCGCUGCCCUCGCGGCCGUUGCGCUGAAAGCGACCGACGUCCUCGGUCUCGCGCUGUUCGCUGGCGGCUUCGCUUUCGAGAUCGUGGCGGAUCGGCAGAAGGGCCGUUGGUUGAGCCGCCGGAAGGAGAAGUUGCAUGAUGAGCCGUUCAUGACGGAGGGGUUGUGGAGUAGGAGUCAAUUUCCGAAUUACUUCGGAGAGUGCACUCUAUGGACGGGCAUUGCUACUGCGGCUGCUGGCGUGCUUUUAACGCGUCCGGUUCAAUUCGGACUUGGAUUCUCAGGUGGUUUGGUGAGUAAGAUGUUCACUCUGGGGCUCUCGUUCGUGAGCCCGGCGUUCGUGAGUUUCCUGCUGUUAAAGGUGACGGGUGUGCCGUUGAGUGAGAAAAAGUACGAUGCCAAGUACGGCCAUCGUAAGGAUUAUCAGGAGUGGAAGCAGAACACACCCAAGUUCUUCCCUAAGCUCUUCUAAUGUUGAAGUAUGAUACCUGCAAGACAAGUCAAGUCAUGGAAUCAUUGUAGACUAGAUGUACGGGUUU